AUGCGCACACCCACCUCCCCUAGGCAGCCCCACUGGACCUCAGAGCGGGGAGCUCUGGCCUUGGAGGACACGAACACGUCAGAAGUGCACCUGCAGGACAAAAUCAGGAACGGCCGAAUCUAUUCAGAGAUCUCCUUGGGUGUCCGCUCCACUAUCUGUCCAAAGAGGAUGAGUAAGCAUGCUCAGUACACAAAGGUCUACGAAACCCCAUGGCUGGAGUAUGGCGUGUACAUGGAGACUCAGAGGAAGAUGAUGGGCAGAGUAACUGUGUUCACACAGUCGAAAAAACAAAAGAAAAAAGAAAAAAAAAAAAGCCUUGCAGAAGAGAAUUCCAAAGCCCACGAAGGUGAGAAACAGCAAGGAGGCCAGUGGAAGGAACAGGAUAAAAAGGAGGAGAUAAGAGGUGACCACAGGGCCCAGAUCACCUGGAGUCUUGUGAAUCACGAUCCAAAGCGCAGCCUUCGGCCCUGCUGGCAUCUCUUUGCAAUCCACUCUAUCUGGUCCCACUUCUUCCUGCUAAAUCCAAUCAGUUCAGCAUUUGACAAAAGUGAAAACACGAAAAAGCUGGUUUCUGUUAUCAUCUCAAAGGUUGUUGAGUUUCAAGUUGUUGGCAAACGAGGUCUUAGGCAGAGACGGUCUUCAGAAGAGCUUCAUGCUGCUUCCCCGGAGGUUCUGUCCCUCUUGGAAAGAGGAAAGGCUACUUUAACCCCAAUUGGAGGUCAGAAGACCACCUAUGCAGAUGCUCCUAUCAGGAAUUCUCGGGAAAAGGCUGGACCAGACACUCUGAAUCCGCCACAGCUCUCCACACCUGCAGCUACAGAAGCCCCUCUGAUGGAUGUUCAUCCUGACCAGGAGCCAUAUGCUGUGACUUGGGUCGACCUGCUAGAAGACCCACCUUCUUGGUUGAGAGAGUGCCAGAAACAGGGUCAAAAGCUGUCAUCUGGCAUCUCCCUUUCCCACUCCCCUUCCUGUUCUCCUCCAAACUCCAAACGCUUGCUUCCCGUCACUCAGCCUUCAAAGAGGCUUUACCCAGUGCUUCAGGAGAUACUCGAAGGGAGGGACUUGUUAUCCGAUCCUCAGAGACCACUUCCUUCUCCUCAGACUCCACUAGCUCCCCAGGAACCAGAAGCCGCAGGAGACCCUUUGACUAGUCCCCCACACACCAGAUCAGGAGCCCUCUAUAGAGGAGAACACCAGUCCUCCGAUGCCCCAGUUCCCAUCCUUCUUCUCAGGCAAACGGCUCCGGCUCCCGGUCCAGACGGGCAGCCAACACACCCGACGCUUGUCUACACUCCUUUCUCCACCACGGACCUCUACAACUGGAAAACUCAGAACCCGCCUUUCUCUGAAAACCCCCAGGGCCUAAUUGACUUAUUGAGCUCCAUUUUCACCACCCACUUACCUACUUGGGAAGACUGUCACCAACUCUUGGAGGUCUUACUGACUUCCGAGGAAAGGGCCCGAGUGCUCCGGGAAGCCACGAGAGCAGUCCUCGGCCCAGAUGGGAUGCCUACCACAGACCUUCACAGAAUUGAGCACGUUUUCCCUUCCGCGCUGCCCCAGGGGGACCCUAACACGGAUAACGGAAUCAUCAAGCAGAGCUUGAGUCAGAUCACACAACGACUAGAGGAAAGAGAAAGACAAAGACAAAUUAAUCAAAAUUGGUAUGAGUCUAUAUUUUCCUGGUCCCCUUGGCUAACAACUCUCCUAAGUGCCCUUGCGGGACCCCUUAUCUUUCUCUUUCUAGCUAUAACUAUAGGACCCUGUUUGAUAAAACUACUAUAAAUUGAAAAAUAGGAUCUAUAAAGCUUAUGGUAUUGCAUAGCCAAUACGUCCCACUAGCCCAAAUGCCAGAAUGAGGUUAUUCAAAGGUUUGAAUAACUACCAAACAGGAGUGGGGAAUGUAAUAGGUCAACUUAAAGAUAUCAGAAAACUUAUCGUAUAUAAGUUCGGCUUAAACUCACCUUUCAUGAAAAAUUGAGACAAAAGCUUAUGUAGUUCCCUAUUAGGCUUAGCGGAAAUUACUAACCGCCCUAUCUCGC